GUCUGUGGAGACAAAGGUUGGUGUGCCGGAACAAUGAAGCAGGCUCAGGCGAGUGUCGCUUUGGAAAUCACGAUCGGUUAGGGGUAACCUUCCCCACACUCAUAUUCGGACAAUAAGGCACCAGUAACUGGGGAAGAUUCGGCAUAUUAGACACCUAUUGGAGCCAGUUUACAAAGCGGGUUUGAUUAAAUGCUUCUCAACAGUGUCUAUGAUGGGUUUUGUUCGGCAUUUGGGCGGGAGAGACUAUAGGUUCGGCAAAUGCGAACCACUAUACACAUUUCCGAAUCCGGUCGGCCAUCCAUUCCAGUGGUUCUGUACUACUUGCGCUGCCUUGACGCUCGACACAAAUAAACAUCGGCCUGCAGAGUGAGGUGUCGGCAUCAGCAGCUCUGCCAAAAUGCGGCUUCCUAUACUCUCUGCCGCGUUCUCCCUCCUCCGUCUCGCCACGGGACUGAAGAUUGCUACCGCCCUGAACUGGAUCGAACACACUCCGCAACCGUAUGCUAUUAAGAACUUCUACAAAGGCAGCAGUGCUGCGACCCUCUCGAGCGGCGGUGUUGCCAACCUAGCCAGCGACAGCAGCUUCGACCUCGCGGCCAACGCUGAAACCCAGGGCCUGAAACAGUAUGCCGGACAUAGAAAUAUUCGACUCAUUUACGUGAUUUGCGAAGUACCCUAUCGCAUUGUUGCGAACAAGGCUGCAGGGAUCAAAACUCUUUCCGAUCUCAAGGGAAAAAGGAUUGGAACUAUGGCCUCGACAUCAGCAGGCGUGUUCGUGCACAAUAUGCUUUCGAGCGUUGGGUUGAAGGAAUCUGACUACACUACCGUGUCUGGACAAGUCUGCAUGAAAGCGCCCUGCGCAUCGAACACGUUUCCACAGAUGCUCAAGAACAAACAGAUCGAUGCGUUCGGGAUAUGGGAAACGGCCGUCGAGUUGGGCGCCCAGGCGCUGGGAGACAACGCCAUCAUCUUCCAGAACGAAUCCAUCUACCGCGAGGUCUACAGUCUGUACAGUACGACGGACAAGUUGAACAACCCCUCGAAGCGGAAAGACAUCGUGGCAUUCGUUCGGGCGCUGAACCAAACUCUCGACAUCUUUAAUAACAAGCCAGACAGCGUGUAUCAAUUCGUUGCGUCAGCAGUGAACGUUGAUGUACCGGUUCUGAAGGCUGUAUGGGAGGACCACAAAUGGACUGGCACGUGGAAGCCGGAACUUCUGGACUUCUUGGUGGAGGAGGAUGCAUACCUUGCUCAGACGGACAGGAGGCAGGCGAUACCAAGGGCAGAAUUACAGAAGUUCCUGGAUACGAGCAUCAUAGAGGAGCUUUGAGUAGCCAAGAUGUCGUUUGGAUUCUUGCUUGGACCGCCGAUUAGCAGCUAUCCUUGCACCGCACUUAUGCAUCUCUUCAAUUUCCAAUCAGCACCAGGAUGGCCUAUCCUCUCUUCUGAAGCUAGAGUUAUGUAUACUUCUCGUACGAGUCGAGGCGCAGUGGAUGUCUCAUUGACCAACUCCAAGUCUGUAGACGCAGACUAAACGCAGACGUCUAUUUUGGUUAUAUCAUCC